AUGACACCGUACGCGCGAUUGGCCCUGCUGGCUUUGGUGGCGUGCGCCCACGCACAAAAUUACGUGGAUCGCGGAGCCCGAUAUAUUGAUUCGGAGCCUACGGUUGCUUCUACACCUGUGCCUAUACUCAAGCAGAUUAACAAGCACAACGAAGACGGGUCAUACACUUAUGGGUACGAGGCAGCGGACGGAUCCUUCAAGAUCGAAACUAAGUCUCCCACAGGAGAAGUUAAAGGCAAAUAUGGAUACAAAGACGAUGGCGGCAAGCUGCGUGUUGUAGAGUAUGGUGCAAACAAAUAUGGUUUCCAGCCAGCCGGCGACGGUAUAACAGUCGCCCCACCCACGUUGGUAGACGAAACCACCAGGGACCAGCCGCCUAAACAACAGGGUGGUCGCUCUCAAUAUCGCGCUCAGGACUACGACUACGAAGAACCAGCUCCCGCUCCUCGUCCCGCGCCCCGCCAGCAACAGUACAGGCCUAACCCUCAACCGCAACAGCAAUACAGACCCGCUCCCCAACCCCAGCCGCAACAACAAUACAGACCGGCCCCCCAACCACAGCCUCAACAACAGCAAUAUAGGCCUGCUGCAUCAGGCCCUACGCCUCCUAAGCCUGCAUUCUUCGCCGGUGCUGCCCCAUCACCUCCAUCAGACAACUUAUUUAACGCACAACCAGCUCAGCCAAGGCACACUCAAUACCAGGCGUCUAAACAAGACUUCAGGCCAUCUCCAUCCUUCCAGCAGUUUUCAAACCCAGAUUUCGAUGCUCCUGCUCCUCCUAGACAAUCGUCUAACUUCGGCCAGCAGAGUAACACCCAACCGUACUCUAUGCUCGAUGAACUCCUCAAAGAAUACGCCUUACCCAGUAAUGGAGCUGCCCCCCUACACGAUAUCACAUUCGGAUCCUAUUAG